AUGGAGGAUUCAUCCUGUAAUGUUUCAAAGGACGUGGCAAACUCAAGUGAGGAGGAGAACCAACAACGGGCUCAUAAUACUUCACGCUCGACGGAUGUCUCAGACAAUAAGGUCUCACAGGAAGGAGAUGAAAAAGAAGCUGUGCUGAAAAAGUCGUCCAGAGUUUCAGAUGAUCCCAAAGAGAAGGGUAAGAAGGCGGCUCUGGCUAGUCUUGUCCUUCCCCAGGACCAAGAGAAUGAGAACAAUGAAGCUGAGAUGCAAAACAAAAGCCCACGUAUUGGCGAACUCUACAAGGAUCUCGCAGUCCAUGUUCUCCUAAAAGUGUCACGGUCUGAUUAUGGUUCAAUUGCUGCAUUGAACCGUAGUUUCCGAUCCCUCAUUCGGAGUGAGGAACUGUAUCAGCUGAGGCGGGAAGUGAGUAUUGUAGAGCAUUGGAUUUACUUCUCUUGCAGUCUCCAUGAAUGGGAGGUAUUUGAUCCAAACCGUGGCCGUUGGAUGCAGUUGCCAAGAAUGCCUCCUAAUGACUGCUUUAUGUGUUCCGAUAAGGAGUCGUUGGGUGUUGGUACUGAUCUUCUUGUUUUUGGAAGGUCAAUAUCGGCUCCAGUGGUUUAUGAAUAUAGCCUUUUGACCAACUCCUGGUCAUCUGCUGUGAAUAUGAACAUUCCCAGAUGCUUAUUUGGAUCUGCCAGCCUUGGGGUAAUUGCCAUACUGGCUGGUGGGGUUGAUCCAUCUGGCGAGGUCCUGAAUGUGGCUGAGCUUUAUAACUCAAAAACCAAAAGGUGGGAGACUCUUCCAAACAUGCAUAGAAAAAGGAGGAUGUCUUCUGCUGUAUUCAUGGAUGGAAAAUUUUAUGUGAUUGGUGGAAUUGCAGAAGACAACAAAACGGAGGUAACGAGCGGUGAGGAGUAUGAUUUGGAGACCAAAACAUGGCGUGAAAUACCCGACAUGUUCCCUCCGCGAAGUGGAGGAGAACCCAAUAUGGAGGCUCCUCCUUUGGUUGCAGUUGUAAACAAUGUAUUGUAUGCUGCAGAUUGUAACCAGCACAUAGUGAAGAGAUAUGAGAAAAAGGGGAACAAAUGGGUGACCAUUGGAAGUCUUCCUGAAGGAACAUCCUCCAUGCGUGGAUGGGGAAUAGGAUUUCGGGCAUGUGGAGAUCGGCUUAUGGUCAUUGGUGGGCUUAGUGCUGAGAGUGCAGGUAUGACUGAAAUUAAUUCUUGGGUCCCAAAUGAAGGUGCAGUGCAGUGGAACCUGCUUGUCAGAAGGCACAUAGGGAGCUUUGUGAUUAAUUGCGCAGUGAUGGGAUGCUGA